AUGCCAACCUUGGGACGUCUGCGUUCCUUAUUGCGACGAAGGUCAUCGCACGCGGAUCCCACUAAUCCAGAAUCAUCCCGUCCCAGCCCAGAAGAGCAGAAAAGCAAUCCAAGCCAGGAUAACACCCCUCUGGGAGAACCCCCAACGACUCCAACGUCCCCUUCCCAGUUCCUCAAACGCCUCGGGGAUAACCCUUCUACUCCCACCCGCCAACUGCUCCAACCCUACCUGGCCUAUGAACUCUGGCUCCGUAAAGGCUUCGCGCGUGGCCAUCCUGGUGUAUCGGACGGUCUAGCCAGCCUAAUCCCCAUCUACAAUGGUUGCCAGAACUUACUCACCAUUCGAAACCUCGACCGUGAAAGGGAGGAUCAGGCCAAGUACCUUAUGUUGGUGCCGGAGGAGAAGCGUGAGGAGAACGGCGUCCUUGCCAUUGUGCCUUCAAUCGAUGAAUACAGUAAGAACUUUGAUGCUUUUACACACGGCAUCCUAGCCGGUCUUGACUGGUCCAAUGUUGUUGCCGCCGGUUCAUCUGCGCUCUUACCCCUGCUCUCUCGCCGAAAGGAUGUCGAUUACGAGGAAGAUCCAGGGGUGCAGGAUCCGAGAGAAACCUAUUUUCAGACGAUUGCCAGCUCAAGCGACAUUGAUCUCUUCCUGUACGGCCUGGAGGACGAAGAAGCCGCCAUCAAACGCAUUUUCGAGUUGGAGGCCCAGAUUCGGAGAAACCAGAGGUUGUCAUCGGAUGCGGCGCUGACCUUGCGGACUGAGCAUGCCAUUACAUUUAUCUCGCCGCGGUACCCGUACCGACACGUCCAGAUUAUCCUCCGCCUAUACAAAUCCAUUAGCGAAAUCUUAACCGGCUUCGAUGUUGACUGCGCCUGUGUCGCCUUUGACGGAAAACAGGUCUAUUCAAAUCCCCGUGGAGUAGCGGCCAUUGCUACCCGGACGAAUACUAUCGAUCUUACUCGGCGAAGCCCUUCAUACGAAAACCGACUCUUCAAAUACCGCUGGCACAACUUCGACGUCUACUGGGACGGUCUCGACCGCAGCCGAAUCCACAUCAACUGGGAUCCCUACGAUGACGAGUUUUCUCCCCGGCAAUUAAUUGGGCUAUCCCGCCUAGUCUUCUUCGAGGGGAUCGUCGCCGAACCAGAACAGAAAUAUCAUCAGAGGCGUCGGCUGAGAAAAAUUCAAGAGAGCGGAGAUCCCCUGCUGACGACGCCGAGUGGCUAUGCCGUAUUGGAGAUUCCAUAUGGGGAGAGGUUUACAGCGGCAAGGGUUCGCAAAUACGUCGAUCAACACGCAAAGGAGAGUCCGCACUUUUUUGGCACAAUCGACGAGGUCGUUAUUCAGGGCAUGAAACGGACGAAGAAGAAUAAGGGGCAACUUUCUGGAAAGGUUACCUUCAUAAAGGAUGAUCCGGGCCGUCAGAUGAUUGGGAGCUUUCAUCCGAUCACGGAUGACGAUUGGACCAAAAUUGCGUAUGAGGGACUCCCGGAGGAUUCUUAA